GGCACACCACCCAAGACGCCGUCGUCUCCCCCCGAUCUCCAUGGAUUCACACUGCAAGUUCUUCUCCGCCGUCGCCUCCGUCCGAAACUCCCAUUAAGAAGCUGUGCUUCUCCUCGUUGGGACUCCACCUAGGAUGACCCGAAGCGUUUCUCGGAGAGGUGAAGAACUAUUGAAAGCUCAAAGAUCGAGCCUUUCACUUGCCUCUGCCUCUCCCACGCCUAGGUCGUUGCCUCCGGUGAGAACUCGUCGAUCCAAUGUCUCAGAGUCUGCUUGCGUUUCAGUGACAAAGAGCCCUCCUGUACUACCCUCGAAGCCAGAACCUCCAGAUCUGUUUCCGGUGGAACAGAUAAAACCUCUGUUUGAAACCUUCCCUCCGCCAGAUCCGCUUCCACCAGAUCCGCCGUUUAAAACUCCCUCUCCGCCAGAACCGCCAGACCCUCCUCUUGAAGUUCCUUCUCCUAUGUGCCCUCCAGAAUCUCCAGAUCCUCCAGACGUUUUAGCUCUCAACGCUCCUCUGCGUUUUUGCGACACCUCCUCCAGACCAUCUCUUCAAGCUUUAUUCCAGAUUUCAACUGUAAAGCUUCCAUGUAGGAUAGCGACAGAAAGUGGAGGUGGUGGUGGUGCUCAUGUGUUUGCAAGUGACACUUUAUUGGCCUACGGGCUGCUCUCUCCUGUGGUAUACAGGUCUAUAUUCGGAUGUGUUGACUGGUCUUUAUUCAGUUCUUGUUUCGACCUUCCUAUCACUCCUCCUUGUAAGUGUGCAGUUCUCUUACGGGUUCUAUUCCGGGUGUUGGUGUUAUGUUCGUGUAUCUUUCUUCUUGGUGGCAGGGAGAAGAGAAACUCAUCUUCAUCUUUAACCUGAUGAAUAUGGAUGUGGCGGGUUAUGAUUUCUCGCUUGUCCCUCGUUUGAAUCAGUCUUAUUUCCUAAUACUUCCUCCUAUAUGGAGUGAAUUGGAGGAACAAGCUUCAUUGGUAUUGCAAGGAUCUUCCUCCCAUCGAAUGCUCUUCUCUGCAUAUGGUGCAGUGGGGGUGGUCUUACGGGUUACACUAGAUGCAAUCUUUGAAGUAGCUUAUGACGUUGUUGUGAUACGAUCUCAUAUGUUUUCUUUUUGUGAUUUGUGUCGCCAUUCUAUUUUUUAUGUUUUUGUUGGUGUUGUUUGUUUGGCUGUCAAUAGCCUCUUUGUAUCCUCCUUUAUUGGAGUGUAAACAUUUUUAAUAUCAA